AUGCGCCGCAACAGUGGAACGAAUAACAAACCGCCGCGCACCACCACAACCAUCACAUCAGCCUCCCCACCCCAGGAAGGACAGCAGCAACAACAACAACAUGAAGAAGAAGAAGGCCCCGUCCUCGCCCGAACCGACCUACCCAAAGACCCUCUACCCUCCAUUACCAUCUCCUCCGCCGCAUCCGCCGGGCUCACCCUCUCCCGCCCAACCACCGCCAACAGCGACCCCUACGCCUCCGGCAGCGAAUCCGACGACAAACUUGGCCUCACCGCCGACAACGUCGCGGCCGCCGCAGCCGCAGCCAACGCCGUGGCGGCCUCCUUCCUAGAGCGCGACCGGGCGCUGGAGCGGGAACUGGGGCUCGACUUGUCCGUGGGCUAUCCGGCGUCGGUGACGAGUUCGGUGAGGGACCAUGAGUUUGAGGGGGGCAUGCGGUAUCAUGCGUAUCAUUCGGGGCGGUAUGCGUUUCCGAAUGAUGAGACGGAGCAGAAUCGGGAUGAUAUGAAACAUACGGUUAUGUUGAUGCUGUGUCGGGGGGCGUAUUUUUAUUCACCGGUGCGGGAGGUGUUGGAAAAAGGGGGGGAGGUGUUGGAUUUGGGAACCGGGACAGGAAUCUGGGCCAUGGAACUGGGCGAUAUGUACCCCAACGCCACAUUUACUGGGAUCGACCUGUCCCCGAUACAGCCGACCUAUGUGCCUGAAAAUGUGCACUUUUUCGUCGACGACUUUGAGGAAGAAUGGGUCGACCCCGAGGACAAAUACGACCUCAUUCAUAUCCGUCAAGCUCUACACUCGGUCAGGGAUCCCAAGCGUCUUGUCGAGCGAGCCUUUCGUCACCUCAAACCCGGCGCCUACUUCGAAGCCCAAGAACUCAACGCCUUCCCCGAAGCCGACGACGGCUCCCUCACCCCCGACACCCCCUACGCCUUCCGCGACUACCUCAAAUUCCUCAACGCCGGUCUCCAACAGUUUACCGGCUCGCAAGCCCACGCCGUCGUCAACCUGCCAGAACAGCUCAAAGCCGCCGGCUUCGAAGACGUCUGUGUCACCACGCACAAGUGCCCCAUCGGGGUCUGGCCGCGCGAUAAGCGGCUGCGGUGCUGCGGCCUGUUUCUGCGCGCGUCGCUGAUGGAUGGUCUGAAGGGGCUGAGCUGGCGGCCGCUGACGGCGAUUGGCUGGACGCCGUUGCAGAUUGAGAUUUUUCUCGUGGAGGUUAGGAAGGCGAUUAUGAACCCGGAUAUUCAUGCAUAUGUUAGGAUGCAUGUCGUCCGGGGGCGGAAGCCGAUGCAGUGA